AUGUCACACGUCAGAUUUGAUCCAGCAGGAGGCGGGAAUGAGCCGGAACACAUUCAAAUCUACCGGAACAAGAAGAAGAAGCGCGCCAUCGUCCCGGAAAGACCUGGAGUCUAUGCCCGAGUGUCUGCCUUCACCUCCUGGAUUGCCCAGACCAAAAUCAGGCUGCAGGAGGAGACGCUGGGUGACAGGCUGCAGGAGGAGACGCUGGGCGAAAGGCUGCAGGAGGAGCUGCUGAGUGACAGGCUGCAGGAGGAGACCCUGGGUGACAGGCUGCAGGAGGAGACCCUGGGCGACAUGUUGCAGGAGGAGACGCUGGGCGACAGGCUGCAGGAGGAGCUGUUGAGUGACAGGCUGCAGGAGGAGACGCUGGGCGACAGGCUGCAGGAGGAGCUGUUGAGUGACAGGCUGCAGGAGGAGACGCUGGGCGACAGGCUGCAGGAGGAGACGCUGGGUGACAGACUGCAGGAGGAGACACUGGGCGACAGGCUGCAGGAGGAGACGCUGGGCGACAGGCUGCAGGAGGACUCAGAUUCAGAGAUGAAGGAGGAGAUCAGUUGGGAGGUGGAGUUUGACGAGGACUAUCUGAGGGAGGUGGAGAAGGAGCUGACAGAGGAGGAGAAGGAGAGUCGACGGCAGCAGAGUUUAACUCUGAAGGAAAAAGGAAACAGUCAGUUUAAAGCUGGAGAGUGGCGGGAGGCGGAGUGCAGCUACACGGAGGCAUUGGUUUUAUGUCCAGUUUGUUUCAGCAAAGAGAGAUCGGUGCUGUUUUCCAACAGAGCUGCUGCAAGGCUGCAUCUGGAUCUGAAGGAUCAGGCAAUCUCAGACUGCACCUCAGCAAUAAAGUUGAAUCCAGAAUAUGUGCGGGCGUUGCUGAGGAGGGCAGAGCUUUACGAGCAGACAGAGAAGCUGGACGAGGCUCUGGAGGACUACAAGAAGGUCCUGGACCUGGACCCAACCCAGACCAGUGCCAGACAGGCCUGCAUGAGGUUGCCUCAGCAGAUUCAGGAGAGAAAUGAGAAGCUGAAGGAGGAAAUGAUCAGUAAACUGAAGGACCUGGGGAACAUGGUCCUGAGGCCGUUCGGACUUUCCACCAACAACUUCCAGGUGAACCAGGAUGCCAACACCGGCUCCUACUCCAUCAACUUCGUCCAGAACCCAAACAACAACAGAUGACAUCACAAGCAGCAGUGAUGACAUCACAGCAUCAUGUCACAUGACCCUGCCUGUGUGUGUUCAGAGGAAAAUAAAACCUGAUUCAUUUGUUUCCUGUUUGUGUCAGCUGUCUCUGGGUUUAACUCUGGUAUCCGUGGUAGCCAGUGCUGCAGGUUAGCAGUCCGACUGCUGACCAAUCAGAUCACUGGAAACACAGUGACAUCACACCCUGACAGGGACAGCAGAUGUGUUGUACUGAAGCUGUUUAAAUAAAGUUUUAUUGUUUAAACUCUGAA